AUGAGCGAACGACCGAUACUCCUCCAACGCUCUAACAUCAUCUCGAUAGCACGCCACAUCGAUGCUCAUGCUUACGAAGAACAAUCCAUGGGUGCCAUUGAUGCGGAUCGUCGUGAUUCGCGUCGACUUGGCCCCGACCGCCGCCACGCUUUCGGUUACGAGCGAUACGAGGAAAGCGGGCCUCUCUCAAGCCUUCGAGAGAAAUGGUGCAGGUGGGCUACACUUGAAGCCAGAUUCCAUCUGGGGGCCCUUGUGGAUGAUUGUAAUUGGGCUCCUGCUGUAAACGGCGCUGGUCCAGUGACAGCCUAUUGCCCUCUCAGCUGGAUGCCCCUCUUCCAAGCUGUCCUCAGCCCUGUGAACAUAUGGCGCUGCGCACCUUCUCACGAUGCUAACCCCAACAAUGCCUUGCGCGAAGCUCGCCCCACGACCAUGGCGGGCAACUCGUCUCGGACGCUGCUAGGUCCGCCUUCACAGGAAUCCAUCAAACCCUACGGCGCUAAUCCCGGGGCACGGUCAACACACAAGCAGCCGUUGCUAGUGCUGUCCCUUCUAUCGAUCUUGGUCGCAUGCAUCUCAGGAACAGUCGGUAUACUGCUGGUCUCGCACGAAGAUCCUAUCCAAGCAUGGAAGAUCAGACCGGCCGUUUGGCUCGCAACACUCGCCGGUGUAUAUGUAAUCGCUCUGGGAGCGCUCUUCUCCACCGGCGUCGCUGUCAUCUGGUGGAGAUGCAUUGCACACGGUACCACACUCGAGCGUCUCCAUUUUGUGUACGAAGGAGCGUCCCUGAAAAAUCUCAUCCCAGCAUUUCUGGCAGGCUGGCAGGCAAGGAGGGUUGCGGUGGCUGCGUUGCUCGUUCUUGCGACGAAGCUUGUGAUAGGGCCGAUGUUACAGCAAGCGACACGACCAGAGCUCCAUGAAGCCACAAGAGAUGUAACUUUGAAUAUGGACAUCGCGUCUGAGAUCCCUGAUGGCUGGUUCAAUUUGGAAGGAGUUUUCCAGAGCAACGGAAUUUCUACGAGCCAAGCAGUCUUCCUCGGCGAUGACCUCACCACAAGCAAUGCGACGAAUCCUCUCUGUCCUAAAAAUGGGAUAUGCCGGGGCCUUGUCAAAGCAGCUGGUUUAAAUCUCUGGAACACCACAAGAUCCACAACUCUGAACUUGCUUGACCCAGCCAACUUGAACGAGACACUCUUCAGCAUCGACCUCAGCAUCAACAGCGACUUUGGUGUGCCAAUACUGUUCCUGGAAUCUCGGUUUGUAUCAGCUGUUGACGACAACUGCAUCGCGACGGUGACUGUUGAGACCUACGGCAUGAUACCAGCUAUCAUGCAGUAUCCGAUCAACAUCCAAGACAACAGGAUCAUACCUGACAUAGUCGGCGUCAUUGAAGGUCCCAUCGUCAUAUCCAACAGUUCGAAUGCCAACGGCACGUCAAGUGCGUUGCGAGGCCUCCUGGAUGCUCUUCGACCGAUCUAUGCUACGAAAAGCAUUCUGGAUCUUCCGAAAGAAAGAAAACCAGCAAGAUACGCCCCGUCAGUUGGAAAAGAUCUGAAUGCUUUCUACGCCGACAUUUUUGCCAACAUUGGAGUUGUUCCAGGUUCGAAGUAUCCAGAGAACGUCGUCAAGUACUGCCCGUUGCUGUGGGAGUCUCCAACAAAAUACGUGAUGGGCCGGAUUUUGACCUACACGUUCCGAGCUGCGCGAGCUGUUGCCAAGCAACGAAAAGACCGGCAAGACCGGCAGCAUCUUAUCAUGACGUACACGGGCGAAGAGCUUUGGUACGUUACGAACUUCAACUGGCUGGCCGCAUCGGUUGCAGUAAUGGUGUUGGGCAUGGUAGCCGCUCUGUCACUGUCCUGGGGAUGGUGGCAGCUCGAUCGAUACGUUACUUUGUCACCACUUGAGACGGGGAAAGCAUUGGGUGCUCCCAUAUUGGCCCAGGCUGGAGCGGAGCAAGAGAUCAAGCCCAUCUUACGAGUGGUUGGUCAUGACUUGGUGGCCUACGACGACAAUGAACUUAUCUGGGCCGGAAGUAUCUACACAUCCGGUGUAGGGGGUAGCCUGAGAACGAGUCCUAGACCGAGCCGGAGCUCCGAUGACGCAGGCCGUUUAGACGUGACUCUUCCAGAGCCUUCCGAGAACGAAUUCUCCGCUCGACGCCAGAAAAGAACAAUUCGCACUCUCAACGAAGCGGAUCCCAUCCGCGUUUCUCGAGUGUUCGAGCAUGACCGCGGCCACACCACGAGAGCCCCUUAUCAAGACGAAGACGAGAUGGACAUAGGCCAGUAUGGCAGGCCGUGGGCUUGUGAUCAAGUCAACGAUAAUGUGCCGCUCAUCCAGAGGCUAUCGAGUAUUGCUGCUCCCGGGAAUAACUCGCGUCAAGAAAGGACCCCGCAACAGCCUUUGGUUCCUUCGCCGACGAGUAUGCAGUUGAGGGCCCUGGACCAGAGGAAGAAGCCGAGAAGAGCUAGUAGGAGAAGCUCGCUGCCGAGUAUCGAGGAGAGGGAUACGCCGACGCCGGAAGGAUCGUAG